CAUUCACCUAAACCCAAAGAAAAAAAGUAUAUUAUAUAUAAAUAUAAUUAAUGGUUAACUAUUGUUUGCGUAAAGGAUAAAAAUGUGAAUGUAAGAUAAUUAGUCCACCAUUUCAAAAAAUUAGUAAGAUUUUUAUUGUUCUUGCAUUAUGGUUAAUUUUGUUGUUGUGCAAAUUGAUUAGGGACUUAACUUUUGUAAUGCUAUAAAAGCACCCAUUCAUUUAAGCCUACUAGAAGAAACUAAUAAUUAUAGGAAACUGGAGUAUAAAAUUUCAUUUUCAGCCUAGAUCUUCUUUGCUCUUUCGCUUUCUUUUGGCUCUUAGGUAUGUGUUAAGAAGAAUGUUCAAUGAUGGCUUUUUGCUGCUCUUCGGAUUUUGAUUUUGCAAUGUCUUGGAAAGUUUUGUCAGAAACCAAAGAUUACAUCUUUGAAUUCAAUUCCCUUAUGGUUUUAUAAAAUUUAUAUCAAAAUGGUGAAUAGGAGUGAUUUGGUAGUGAUUGGCAUUUCGGUUGGGCUUGCACUUGGUCUCUUGCUCGCUCUGAUCUUGUUCUUGGCCAUAAAAUGGUAUAAGCACCACUCUCGCCUUAGGCGAUGCGCUAAUGAACAGAAUACCCCGACUCUACCUGUUCACACUGCUAAAAGAGGCGUAGUAAUCUCUGAUGAUAGCUCAAAUACAGCAUCGGUACAGCCUCCUGAGAACGCAGCACCCACUCAACAUCAGCCAUGGUGGAACAACCAUAACAAAGAUCUCACUGUAUCUGCAUCCGGCAUACCUAGAUAUCACUACAAGGAUAUUCAGAAAGCAACACAAAAUUUCACAACCGUUCUAGGACAAGGAUCUUUUGGUCCUGUCUACAAAGCGGUUAUGCCUAAUGGAGGAUUAGCUGCAGCGAAAGUUCAUGCCUCUAAUUCAAGUCAAGGAGAUAGAGAGUUUCAAACCGAGGUAUCUUUACUUGGGAGGCUGCAUCACCGGAAUCUUGUGAACUUGAUAGGAUACUGUGUUGAUAAGAAUCACCGGAUGUUGAUCUAUGAGUUCAUGAGUAACGGAAGUUUGGAGAAUCUUUUGUAUGGUGGUGAAGAGAUGCAAGUCUUGAAUUGGGAAGAGCGGCUUCAAAUCGCUCUUGACAUCUCCCACGGAAUUGAAUACCUUCACGAAGGGGCAGUGCCGCCAGUUAUUCACCGUGAUCUUAAGUCAGCAAACAUAUUGUUAGAUCACUCUAUGAGAGCAAAGGUUGCGGAUUUUGGAUUGUCGAAAGAGAUGGUUUUGGAUAGAAUGACUUCGGGAUUGAAGGGUACUCACGGAUACAUGGAUCCAACGUAUAUUUCAACUAAAAAAUACACGAUGAAGAGCGACAUUUACAGUUUUGGUGUCAUUAUUCUUGAGCUCAUUACUGCAAUCCACCCCCAACAGAAUCUGAUGGAAUACAUCAACCUGGCUUCGAUGAGUCCAGAUGGUAUCGACGAAAUACUGGAUCAGAAACUAGUGGGAAAUGCAAGCAUUGAAGAAGUGAGGUUACUGGCGAAGAUUGCAAACAGGUGUGUGCACAAGACACCAAGAAAAAGACCAUCCAUUGGAGAAGUGACACAGUUCAUACUAAAGAUCAAACAAAGUCGGUCUAGAGGAAGAAGACAGGACACGAUGUCUUCAUCGUUUGGUGUUGGUUAUGAGGAAGAUCUGUCAAGGGUUAUGAGCAGGAUUAAGGAUCAGCAUGUUGAGUUAGGGUUAUUGGCUGGUGUUAAAGAAGAGGAUCAUCAAGAUAGGAACCAUACGAUAACAAUUUAACUCUUUAGUGAGGAAUUAUUUUUUGUAUAUAUUACCACCACCACAUGAGUCUCAAAAUGUAGAGAUUUCCUCUUCUUCCAUAAA